AAGAGGUCAGAGGUAGUAACACAGUUUAAAUCCGUAUACAGUACAACCUUCACCUUCAUCGGUCACGAUCACGCAUGUAUAUGACCAGCAUAUUACUUCGCCCUUUACAUCAAUUGUGGUGACCUAAAAAUAGAACGGUCUGUGACCUAGAGUCACAUCGGGGAGGACCUCUUGAACGACACAGAAAUCCACUGCUGAUGGGAACAACUAUCGUCAUUCCAGGUGUUAGUUGUCGAGUAAGAUGGGCGUGGGAAGACAGGCGGUGCUGCUGUGGCGCCUGCUGGGGAUAAUACUCCGUCUCUGCGUCUACCUCGUCUCCACCAUCUUCACAAGAGUUUUCAAGGUACCUAAACGAAGCCCUGUUCUCUCAAAAACAAAAGUAGAGGGGGCGACCAGUGAAGACCUUGCCAGAGACUACGAUCGUUCUGUUCUGAAGCUGAGUCACUUCAAAGCUAUAUUCCGUGCAGCGUAUCUAGACUUGUAUAAGGACGCCUUCCUCCACCAUCUUGCCCCAAAUCCUCGACUGCACUCUCUUGACGGAACACAGAUCCACCGAUUGCUGGACUUUCAGAAACAAGGGCGCCCCCUGGUGGUCAACUUUGGGAGCUGCACCUGACGACCGUUCAUGAGCAAAUUCAAGCGCUACAACGCCAUAGCGUCAGAGUUUGCAAACAUCGCCGAUUUUCUGAUCAUUUAUAUUGAAGAGGCGCAUGCAUCUGAUGGUUGGCGCUUCGAGUACAAUGUUCAGAUUGCCUCUCACAAGUCACUGGAUGACCGCCGCAAGGCUGCAAUGAUAUUGGCUGAGAAGAAUCCAGUCUGCCCAAUCGUUGUGGACAAUAUUGCCAAUACCGCCAACAUCCAAUAUGGCGGCUACUUUGAGCGACUGUACAUCAUCAAAGAUGGAGUUAUAGCAUAUGAGGGGGGAAGAGGUCCUGAGUUCUACAAUUUAGACGAAGUACAUCAGUGGUUGGCGUCAUACAGGGGUUCUACAGACAAACAUUGCUGAAGUUAAACAAUUACAUUUUCAUUUGCUGAACUUUUAAAGUAACGUAACUCACCCUGUACCAUCUCCAAGCAAGCAAUCUUACUAUGCACGUUAAGAAAACCACAAAUUGACGGGAACAGGUACACAAGAUGUGAAAGUAUGUUUGAAAAUGAAAUGAACAUAGGCAUAUAGACUUUUAAGCACAGCAGACCGACAGACUGGAGCCGAAUUUAGAGAAUUAUAACCAGUUAACGCCUUGUGUUGAAAGGUCCAACCCUACCUUUGAUUUUAUGAAAUACCGUUAGGCCGGCCGGUAUACUUCUCGCUGAAUAUUAACUUUUUAGAAAUUCACAAGUAGUAGUAGUAGUAGUUUUAGGGGCAAGUACAUGUGAACGUUCCCAAAAGUGAUCUUCCUAAGGUUGGGGGUGUCUGUUUGGCGGGGUGCCCACGACCGUAUUUUACCUUAUCACGUGUAUACAUUUUGAUAAUUGUGUUUUUUCAGAUAGCGAUCGUUUAAGUAAGAAAAGGUGAAAUCAAGACAAUCUUCCAAUUAAUGAAAGUCAACAUUUUACACUGACCAUUCUUAUCGUUCUUGAUGCGCUACUCUAGCGGAAAUUCCCCAAGAUACGAUACCCAAGAUGUAAAUCUUUGUGGAUGCUCCACCCCAGUUGAAAUAAAACUCUCAAAUGGCCAACGAACAA